AUGACAGAGACGGAAGGUGCCCGGUCCCAGGUGCAGCUGGUGGAGUCCGGAGGGGAUGUGAAGAAGCCCGGAGACUCUCUGCGCCUCUCCUGCAAAGCCUCCGGCUUCACCUUCAGCAGCUACUGGAUGAGCUGGGUGAGGCAGGCUCCCGGAAAGGGGCCGGAGUGGGUCUCUGACAUUAGUGCGGAUGGGGGCACCAAGCGCUAUGCAGACUCGGUUAAAGGCCGAUUCACAGUCUCCAGGGACAAUUCCAACAAUCUGCUCUAUGUGCAAAUGACCGGCCUGAGGCCCGAGGACACCGCCCGCUAUUACUGUGCGAGCGACACAGCGACACGAAACCUGCUGGUGAUCAGACAAAAACCCGGGCUAUUGAAUCCGCGUUUCCCCGUUCGCCACAAGGGGGCAGCAGAUCCACAAAGAGCUCAGCCUGAGAGCGGCGGACCCAGCCCUGCGUUACUGUGCGAGAGACACAAACGGUCCCCUGGGGCAGCUCUGGUUAUGCCAGUGCCCGGGAGCGCGCUGGGCCUCCAGUUUCACAAGGGGCUGAGGCUCCUUCUUAGAACGGGGGGCUCCCCAUGGAACUUACAGCUUCGAACCCACCGCCCGGACUCUCUCCUCACCCGGCAGCUAGAGGAGGGACUGCCAGGGAGAUCCAGUGCACCCGGGUGAGUGCCCAGCCCCGGGGCUGUGAGGGUUUCCGGGGGUGCCACCUCCAGG